AUGACCGGAGGCCGAUGUCACGGGAAAAAGAAGAAGCAGAUGAUGAUGGCCAACGGGGGCUGCGCCACGGAGGAGGAGAAGCCCUGCCCGAUUUCUAGGGCUCCGUCCAAGAUUCCGGCGACUCUGCCGGAAGUUUCCAAAAACCCGGUGGAUUUGUAUUCUCAGGCGAGGAAGGCCUUGUGCGAGCGGUCGCCGUAUGAUGUUGUGGAAGACGUCUCGGCCGGUGGCGGCGGCGGCGGUGGUUCGACUGUGGUCCCCACCACGUUGCCGAGGGGGUUGGCUAGCUUCUUGUCGAGGCAGUCGGAUAGCCGGAGGCGGCACAAGAAGUCACAUGCGGCGUCGGAUAAGAAGCAUUCGAGGCAGAGUGAGAAGGCCCGGGGGUAUAGCCUGUGGGCAGAGACAGAGGAGUACUUUAGACCAGUGACAUUGUCUGAUAUCGAAGCCUUGGCUGAGGUGUCUGAGCUUAGUAAGGUAGCUGCCACUCAGUGUUUUUCGACUCCGGAUAAGGGGAAUAUUCCUGAGCUGAAUGGAAAUGGAAAUGUGGAUGCGGGACUUGGUUCUGGUGAGGAGUGUGGUUGUGGUGGUAGUUCGAAUGAGGUUAAGGAGGAGAAUGUAGACGGUGGCAAUGCUAAUGAGGUUGCUGCCGGGGAGGACGGUGGGAAUGCUACUGAGGUUGUUGGCAAGGAUGAGAAUGCUGAUUGUGUAGUUGAGAAGGUUGGUGAGAAAGGCGGAAAUGAAAAUGGGGUUGUUGAAGAAGAGGUCAAGACGGAGCAGAAUGUGCAGUCAAUGGAAAUUGAUAGUGUUGCAGCUUGUGGUUUGCCUGAGGAGGAAAAACCAAGCUGUUCUGAUUCGGAUUCUCCCAAUGGUGUUGAGUGGCUUUUAGGUUAUAAAAACAAGACUUCUUUAGCAACUGAGCGUCCUUCAAAGAAGCGGAAGGUUCUCGGUGCUGAUGCAGGGUUGGAGAAAGUCAUAAAUGCAGCUCCUUGUGAUGGGAAUCCUUCUUUAUGCCAUUUUUGCUGCAAGGGUGAUAUAGGAAAUAAGUCGAAUCGGUUGAUUGUUUGUAGUUCUUGUAAGGUUGUGGUUCAUCAGAAGUGCUACGGAGUGCUAGAAGAUGCAGAUGCUUCAUGGUUAUGCUCUUGGUGUAAGCACAACACUGGUGUUAGUAAUUCAGUAAACCCAUGUGUGCUUUGUUCGAAGCAGGGCGGUGCGAUGAAGCCAGUUCUGAAGAAUGGUGAUAGUGGUGGUUCUCUGGAGUUUGCCCAUCUGUUUUGCUGUCAAUGGAUGCCAGAGGCUUAUAUUGAGGAUAUGGAAAAGGUGGAACCCAUCGUAAAUGUUAAAGGAAUACCGGAAGCCCGAAGAAAAUUAAUAUGUAACAUAUGCAAGGUGAAGUGGGGCGCUUGUGUUCGAUGCAGUCAUGGUGCUUGCAGAACUUCUUUCCAUCCAAUGUGUGCGAGAGAGGCAAGACAGAGAAUGGAAAUUUGGGCAAAAUUUGGGGUCAAUAAUGUUGAAUUAAAGGCUUUCUGCCCAAAGCACUCAGAAGUACCGAAUAACAGCAAUGCUGAACCAGUGGAUCCUUCUGUGUACAUCGACAAGAAUUCAAAUAUCUCAGACAGCCCUCAUGUGACAUUGUCACCAAAAAAAUCAAACAAGUCAAAAACUGGCAGAAGAAAUGGUGAUAAUGUUGCAGUCACUAUUGGGACUUCAGAUAAUUCCGAUAAGGUCAGUGAUAGCAGAUCACAGGGCUUGCCAAUGACUGAUAGGGGGAAAUUAGAGAGGAGCUGUGAGGAUGUCAAUGCAUCUGGGGCCCUUAAUCUUACACCUAUCUUACAGAAGCUGAUUGAUUGUGGAAAAGUUGAUGUGAAGGAUGUGGCAUUGGAGAUUGGCAUCUCACCUGAUUCUUUAUCUGCAUCACUUGCGGAUGAUAGUUUGGUGCCGGAUGUGCAAAGCAGAAUAGCUAAAUGGCUUAAAGAUAAUACCUAUUUGGAUCUAAUGCAGAAAAAUUUUAAAACAAAAUUAAGACCAUCAUUUUCAUCCACGGUUGAGUUUGGAGGUUCUGAUGCUCCAUCAACAGAGUCUGGUAUGUCGGAUCCUGUAGCUGUUAAAUCUGUACCCCCACGGAGAAGAACAAAAGGUGGUGUUAGGAUUUUGAAGGAUAACAAAGUUCUCAGAUCAUCAGACCAGACCUGUUGUGACAAUGGGGUGUUGCAUGACAAGACUAAAUCAGACAAAAUUACCAGUGGAGGACCAAAAAAUUUGAAAGUCGAGUGCAUCAGUUUUGUUGAGAAGAAUAUGACGGUGCUCAAUGGGUUACAAGAUUCUUUGCCAACACAUUCACCUGAAGGUUAUUCAGUUAAGUCCUCAAAUUGCAGCCUUUCACAAAGAGGUCAAGAAGUGGUGGCUACUAUUCCUUCGCAGACUGACUUGGUGAUUGCAAAUGUAGAUCCGUUGUUUUCAGUGGAAAAAUCAGUUCCUGAAAGCAAGAAACCAGAGGGAGGUUCUAAUGCCCAACUGCCCAUCCAGAAGACAUUAUCACAGAUGCAAAAUGGGGUGCCUCCAAAGAACACAAUUUAUGGUUCAAGUGAAGGAGAAGUUUCUCGUGUGGAAGCAUCUUCCCAUGCAAGUGUUUGCUGUAAUCACCAAAAUAUACAUCCAAAAUGUCAUGAUACCAACUGUAAAUCUGAUGAGAUGGGUUUAGAACAGUUGGCUAAGGCUCAUGAAUUGGGAGUUCUAGAAAUGUCUCCAGAAGAUGAAGUGGAAGGAGAGCUCAUCUAUUAUCAGCAUAGGUUGCAAAACAAUAUAAGUGCGAGAAAGCAUUAUACAGAUGUUUUGAUGUGUAAUGUCGCUAAGAGUCUGCCAAAAGAGAUUGAUGCAACUCGGAAUCUGAAGUGGGAUGCAGUGCUGGUUAACCAGUAUCUUUGCGAGCUUAGAGAGGCAAAGAAGCAAGGUAGGAAGGAGAGACGGCAUAAGGAAGCACAGGCCGUGUUAGCAGCUGCAACUGCUGCUGCGGCUGCCUCUUCUAGGAUUUCAUCAUUUAGGAAAGAUGUCCUUGAUGAACCUGCGCAUCAGGAGAAUUUGGUGAAGCUGAGCAGCUUUAGUGGGAGGUCCAGCUUUUCCUCACAGAUGAUACCACGGGCAAAAGAGACAUUUCCAAGGGUGGCUGUCCCUAGAGUUUCUGUGGAAAAACACUCUGGUGCAGUUCAUUCAGGCUCAGAUAUCUCUAAAGAACAUCCUAGAUUGUGUGAUAUCUGCAGACGUUCUGAGACGAUGUUAAACCCGAUUUUAGUCUGUUCCAGUUGCAAGGUUGCUGUUCACUUGGAUUGCUAUCGUAGUACAAGAGAAUCUACAGGCCCAUGGUACUGUGAGUUAUGUGAAGGCAAAUCUACUGCCAAUUUUUGGGAGAAAGAGCAUUUAACUACAGAAUGUGGUUUAUGUGGUGGGAAAACUGGUGCUUUUAGGAAAUCCUCUGAUGGUCAAUGGGUCCAUGCUUUUUGUGCUGAGUGGGUCUUUGAGUCAACGUUCAAAAGGGGACAAGUAUCACCGAUUGAGGGAAUGGACACCGUUACAAAGGGCGUUGAUUUCUGUUACAUCUGCCGACGGAAAUUUGGUGUCUGCAUAAAGUGCAGCUAUGGCCAUUGUCAGUCAACAUUUCAUCCCUCCUGUGGCAGAAGUUCAGAUUUUUAUAUGAAUGUAAAAGCUCUUGGUGGCAAGCAGCAACACAAGGCAUACUGCGAGAGGCAUAGCCUUGAGCAGAGGGCGAAGGCUGAUACACAAAAACAUGGAAUGGAGGAAUUAAAGAACCUUUAUACAAUAAGGGUGGGGCUUAUGAUCUACCAUGCUGAACUGGAGAGGUUACGCCUUAUUUGCGAAAGGAUUAUCAAACGGGAGAAAGUAAAGAGGGAAUUACUUAUUUGUUCACAUGACCUUCUUGCCGUGAAAAGAGAUCAUGUCGCCAGUUCUGUGCUUGCUAACAGUCCUUUCUUGCUAGCGGAUGCUAGUUCUGAAUCAGCAACAACUUCUCUUAAAGCGCACACAGAGGAUUACAGAUCAUGCAGUGAUACAUUCCAAAGAUCAGAUGAUGUGACUGUAGAUAGUACAAUUUCAGUUAAGAACAGGACUAGAGUUCCUAUAACUAUUGAUAACGACCAAAGGACAGAUGAUGACAGCUCCACAUCCCAAAACCAGUUUACGCAGAAUCUUUCGGAGAGGAUGCAGUUUUCUGAGAAACAGAUUCCUUUCAGAUCAUCUGUGGCAUCUUGUAAUCUUUUGGAAGAUGGUGGAUACAGGUCAAAAUCUAAGAAGCACGGUGAGAUGUUUUCGAAGGAAUUGGUGAUGACAUCAGAUCAGGCAUCGUUGAAAAAUAUGCAAUUACCCAAAGGAUAUGCAUAUGUUCCUGCUGACCGCGUUCCAAAUGAGAACCAGGUCAAUCAGGAUGCUUGUUCUGGGGAACAACCAGAGGGAGAUGGGUAGUGUGGGGAUCUAGUGUCGUGCGUUUGGAUUGCCCUUUUGUGGACUGCGAAGGUGCCACAAGACAUUUCUCCACCCUGGAUGUUAUUGCUCGCGAUGGAGAUGACUGUGCUGAUCCACUUGGAAGGGAAAUUGUUGAAUGAAACAUCUGGCUUAGCUGCCACUCUAUUAUUAUUAUCCCGAAGGCAGUGGCAUGAAGUUUUGUCGUCAUUGUUGUAUAGAGCCAUUUGUACAGUGGGUGAGUGUUUGUUCUUACAUGUAUUAGAAGGCAUCGAUUUAUGUCUUUGUAGGAGUAAAGAGAAGCUCUGCUUGUAAACCGUGUACAAGAUACCAAAAAGCAUAAUGAUCACCUGCUGUGCCUGCUCUGUAAAGUUAGUGUAUAUAUCCUCACAAUAUGAAUCCAGAAAUGAA